AUGGCUGGAGAGAAGACCCCUCACUUUGAGACCUUGCAGUUGCAUGCCGGUCAUGAGCCGGACAGUGCUACGAACUCGCGAGCUGUUCCUAUCUAUGCAACUACUUCCUACGUCUUCAAUGACUCUGCACAUGGCGCCCGCCUGUUCGGCCUCAAAGAGUCCGGAAACAUUUACUCCCGCAUCAUGAACCCCACCGUCGAUGUAUUCGAAAAACGUAUCGCGGCCUUGGAAGGUGGUGUGGCAGCUGUAGCUUCUGCAUCCUGUCAAUCAGCUCAAUUCAUGGCGAUUGCGGCACUUGCCCACGCGGGCGACAAUAUCGUUUCGACUUCGAACCUUUAUGGUGGCACGUACAAUCAGCUCAAAGUCUUUUUGCCUAGAUUGGGCAUUACGACAAAGUUUGUGACUGGCGACAGUGCGGAGGACUUUAAGAAGGUUAUUGAUGAUAAGACUAAAGCUGUGUAUAUUGAGAGUAUUGGUAAUCCGAGGUAUAAUGUGCCGGACUUUGAGGCCAUUGUUAAGAUUGCACAUGAAGCUGGUGUGCCUGUUAUGGUCGACAACACUUUUGGUGCAGGUGGAUUCUUCUGUCGUCCCAUCGACCACGGCGUCGACAUUGUCGUCCACAGCGCAACCAAAUGGAUCGGCGGCCAUGGCACCACCGUCGGAGGUGUAGUCGUUGACGCCGGCCGCUUCGACUGGGGCACUCCAGAGGCCCGCAAACGAUUCCCUCAAAUGAGCGAGCCCUCAGAAGGCUUCCACGGCCUCAAGUUCUGGGACACUUUCGGCAAGCUUUCAUUCAUCGUCCGUGUUCGUGUCGAGAUCUUGCGUGACGGUGGUAUGGCUCUCAAUCCAUUCGCUGCACAGCAAUUGCUGCUGGGUAUUGAAACCUUGAGUCUGCGUUGCGAGAGACAUGCUCAGAACUCAAUUGCACUGGCUCGAUGGCUUGAGAAGAAUGAGAAUGUUUCUUGGGUCAGCUAUCCUGGUCUUCCAAGCCAUGCAAGUCAUGAGCUGGCCAAGAAAUAUCUCCCCAGAGGCUUUGGAGGCGUGCUCUCUUUUGGUGUCAAAGGUGACGCCGAGGCAGGCAAUCAGGUCGUGGACAAUUUCAAGUUGAUCUCGAAUCUCGCAAACGUUGGCGAUGCAAAGACUCUGGCUAUUCAUCCUUGGAGCACUACACACGAGCAGCUGAGCGACGAGGAGAAGAUCAACAGUGGAGUCACAGAGGACCUGAUCCGCAUAUCUGUCGGCAUAGAGCACAUUGACGACAUCAUUGCCGACUUUGAGCAGUCGUUCGAGGCUUCCAAGGCUGGACCAAAGGGCGAAGAUCAUCCUGAUAACGCUGACAAGAAGCCUGAUGCAGAUGAGCCCACAAGACUUGAGGUCUGA